AUGGCCACCGCACCUCCUGUGAUCGACUUUGGGCCAUACUACGGCGAUGAUGUCGCCAAAAAGGCAGCCCUGGUCCAGCAAGUCCGCCAGGCCUGUGAGAGACAUGGAUUCUUCCAGAUCAUCAAUCAUCAGAUCCCGUCCGAUCUUCCAGAGGCUAUCCUGCAGCAGGCUCGAGAGAUCUUCAGCUUGCCGCUUGAAGUAAAGGAAAAGUACAGUCGAGAAAUCGACCCGGUUAACCUGGGAUACGAACGGCUUCGGGCUCAGACCUUUGGCGAAGAGCCGAGCGACCUUAAAGAGGGCUUUUUUCUCUGUCGCGAUUUUCCUCCGGGACAUCCCUUGAUCGGCCGAUUCUCAUUGGGUCUCAACAAGUAUCCUACAGAGAUGCCAGAUGUGGCCGGGUUUCAGAGUACUGUGAACCGCUACCAUACGGUAAUGGCUGAUUUGGCACUUGAUAUCUUCCGAGUGCUGGCACAGACACUGGACCUGGAAGAGCACUGGUUCGACAGCUUCUGUCACGACUCGGUCAAUAUCAUGCGGUUAUUGCGGUAUCCACCCCAGCCGGCGGGUGGUCGAGAACGAGGAAUUGGAGCUCAUACUGACUUUGGCGGUCUUACCAUCCUGCUCCAAGACGACCAAGGCGGCCUGCAGGUUUGGGACCGGGAGUCGUCCCAGUGGGCCGAUGCCGACCCGGUGCCGGGCGCCUUGGUGGUGAACCUGGGCAACAUGAUGAUGCGGUGGACCAACGACCGAUACGUGUCGAAUUUACAUCGGGUGAUCAAUACCAGCGGACAAGAACGAUACAGCGUGCCAUUCUUCGUUUCGGGCAAUCCGGACUAUCUGGUGGAGUGUAUCCCGAGUUGCAAGGCGGCGACGGAAGCGGCGAAGUACCCACCGAUCACGGUGGAGGAGUGGCUGGAGGCACGCCUCGCGGAUACGUACGGGGGAGUCGGCGUGGGAGAGUUGUCAAAGGAGGUGGCCAGCGCGACCCAUUGA